AUGAAGACCGACCAGUAUCUGAAUCUUUGUCUUGAGCAGGCUGCCCUGUCCACUCUUCACUACCGCCAUGGCUGCGUCGUCGUCAAGGGAGGCAAGGUUAUCGGUCAGGGCUACAACGACUGUCGUCCUGGAUACGACGGUAACAGCGUCCUGAAGACCGGCAUCUUGCCAAAGUCAGCAGUCAACGACAAGCCUGACAAGCCGGAUCCGCCCAAGCCCAAGAGCGACUUCAAGACUGUUGAGAGCAUUAUCGGCAACUGUGGAGGCGGCCAUCACGCUAAUGCGCGAUUGACUAUGCACAGCGAGAUGAUGGCCAUCAACUCUGCUCUGUCCGCGACGCUGUCCUCUCCUACACCAAGGCCGUCUGCCUCACUACCUUCGGACCGCAAGUUCAACAAGGUGCCGGCCCGGCUCAGGCAGGCGAGUCGCGUGUUAGACCCUCCACAUAUCGAUGCGACGGUCUCCUAUCAGACAGACAGGAAGAAUGGCUAUCACUACUAUCACCAUCACAGUCAUCAUUCGCAUCAGUACCACAAAGAGAAGUCGAGGUAUCAAGAAGAGAAGGGGUACAAGACCAAGUACGACAGGUACAAGUAUAAGUCGUCGAAAAGGGUGAAGGAAAUUCCAGCACCAGGGUUUACUACCCCGAAAGGCGAGCAUUCUGACUACGACUCCGAUUGUAGCGGCGAGAGAAAGAUCUCCCCAGUCGCUACAGGGAGCAAUAAGAGCAAAUUUGGACUACGAAAGGCACGGAACCUGCACCUCCUUGUGCCCAAGGGCCGUACCGGGGGAGCCUCACCCGGCGUCAAGGAAAGAAUGAAAUGUCCUAAGCUUGUCGGGGCAGACGUCUAUGUUGCGCGCCUGGCGAAUGAUGGCCCAGCCCCGGGAAGCAGGAAGAAACGCCGUGCACAUAGGCAGCCAAGCGAUCAGAAUGCUGAGGAAGCGGAUCCGGAUACCUGUACCAGGGAACCCGCUCUGUCUGCUUCGACAGGGUCUCUACACGACGAGCUUAUCACCAAAACGUCCAAGCCAGAGCCCCCGCCCUCAAUCUUGGAAGAUGUCAAGCCUCGACCUACUGCUGCCGAAUCUCGUCCGUGCUAUCGCUGUGUCGCUUACAUGCACUCGGUUGGGAUCAAAAGAGUGUUUUGGACGACCAAUGAGGGUAAAUGGGAGGGUGCCAAGGUCCGAGAUCUGAUCGAUCAGCUCAACGGUACCAUGAAAAGCGACACCGACACCUCCCUUGGACAGCCUGCGAUGGGUCUUUUUGUCACCAAGCAUGAAGUCCUGAUGCUCCGGAGGCUGAUGGGAAGCCCAGGGUAA